AUGCACGAAGAGCGGGGCGGGCGCGGAAAGAGAAGGAACAGGGAGCACACGGGGAAAGUCGGAGAAAGCCCCGCCAGGAAGAGGCUGACCAGAGCGGAGCAAGAAGCGGGACAGGAGAGGUUGAAGGAAGGGAAAGAAAGGGGAGGGAGAGGAAGCGAGAGGGAAUCGGGGACGCCGCGAGGUGGGGCAAAGGGCCGGGAGGGAACGGCGGAAGCAGAGCGCUUGACCUCGGCGGGGGAAAGCGGGAGCAAAGCAGGGGAGGGGACCAAGUUAGAAGGUCCUCCAGAGCGAGAAGGGCCGCAAAAGUCCAAGAGCGCGACAGGAGGGCGACCGGUGGAAGAAAGGCAAGAAGAGCGGAGGGAAAAGAGAGCUAGUGGCACAGAGAAGAGGGUAAACAGAGAGAGGCAGGCGAGAAAAACAGGUGCGCCAAGGGAGGGACCAAAAUAUCAAGGGGAAGGCGCGUGGGCAGGGGGGGAAGAAAGGCAAAGAAACGAGAAAGAGGGGGCGCGUAAGACAGAGACAGAGAUGAAGAGGGCGAAUCGCUAA